AUGUUUAUCAAGAAAUCCAAUCCUUCAAGUUAUUAAAAAAUCUAAUAAGAAUGUAGGUAAAUUCUAUAUCAAUAUCAAGAUAGUCAUGUUUAGAAAAAAUGAGAGUCCAAAGCAUGACCAAUUUAACUAAUACUAGUAUAUAAUAAUAUUAACUCUUUUGAGGUACGGUAGUCAAGUUUUCCAUUAAAGAUUUUCUAGAAAAAUAAAAAAAAGGUUAAAUAAUAAAAUUACCAUCUAAAAAAGAUAAUUUUAUCUCUAAAAUUGCUCCAAUCAAAAUAGAAACCUAAAUCUCAAAAAAUAAUUCACCUCGAUUUAGAAUUAAAAUACUUUCAAGUCCAUUAAGUACAAAUAGAACAACAUUAUCUAAAUCAUCUUAUGUCUCUCCUUUAAGACCUAAUUAAAUUAUAAUAUCAAGAGAAUUAAAUUGUGAAUCACAAACUCAUAUUCUACCUAAUGAAACAGAAAAAUAAGAUGAAUGCUUAUCUAUUUCGACUAAAUCACCAAAAAGAUUAAAAAAUUAACUAGAAAAUUCAUCCAUCAUUACAACUAAAAAUAUUGAUAAACUUUAAGAAAAAAUACUAAAUGAAGAUAUUAAACCUCCUAAAAGAUCUAAAAAAGAAUUAAAGGGUUGCUUAUUAAGAGCCUUAAGAAAACUCAAAGAAAUGAACAUCAAUACUAAAAUUAUGCUCUAAAAGUAAAUAUUCUCUAAAAAACCAUAUUAAAAACCAAACUCUUAAGAAUUUAUCCAUGCUGUUAAAUUGAAUCAGCUAGAAAAAGUUAAGCAAUAUUUAGAUAAGAAUAAAUAUAUUGUUUUCGAUUUCGAUUACUUUAAUAUGACAGCUCUUCAUUGGUCAAGUAAAAAGGGAUUAUAUGACAUGACAGAAUUCUUAAUUAAAAAUCAUGCUGAUGUUGAUGCUAUCGAUAUAUUGAAUAGAACUCCUCUCUAUUUAGCAAUUUAAGAAAAUAAUAUUCCAAUUAUUGAAGUAAAAUUCAAAAAUUUAAUUUAGUUAUUAUUAAGAAAUAAAGCAUAUCCAUGGUCUACUUCUGUAACAGAUUUAAGUGAAGUAGUUGGUGACAAUAAAAGGAUUAGAAAAAUAUUAACCUAAAUUAGAAGAGUAUUUUUUCAUUAUUUAUUUAUAAGGUUGACAUUAUAAAUAUGUGGGGGGAAAAAAAAUUAAAAGAAGAAUUUUUUUGA